AUGUUGGGUUACAGCUAUUGGAGUGCGAUCGUUACACCACCAGGUUAUCCUUCAACAGAUUGGAGACCAGAUGGAAAGAGUAAAGAUGAGUUGGAGGACAUUGUAAAACAGAUAAGGGAACAACGCUCUGGCAGUCAUUCAUCAAAGCCUGUGACAAAUAUACGUUAUUGUGCAACAUGUAACAUAUUCAAACCACCGCGAACACAUCAUUGUCGACAUUGCAAACGAUGUAUAUUGAAACAAGAUCAUCAUUGUCCAUGGAUUGCCAACUGCGUUGGAUAUCAGAAUCAAAAGCCAUUCAUUCUCUUUCUAUUCUACACCACAGUGGCUGGUACACUGACCAUCAUAAUGAUGACCAUCAGUGCCUUUUAUAUAUUGAAUGUACAGUUACAGAAUGCGGAGGAUCCAAGGAAUCCAACACCAAAUCCAGAUCAAGUGGAUAUAUACUUUAGUGUACCUGGAACAGUUGUGAUGGUACUAUUCAUACUUAACUUCUCAUUGGUAGUGCCAGUGGUACUAGGCGUGUCAGGUCUGUUCUAUUUCCAGAGUGGAUUCAUCUUUAGUAACCUCACCAGUGUCGAGCGAUACGAGCGCAAAUCAGAGUUAAAGUCUGCUAAAAGGAAUGGAAUAAGCUCAACUUAUAAGUGGAGAUAUGAUAGAGGUACAAAUAGUAACUUUAAAGAAGUAUUUGGAGAGAGCAAAGGACAAUGGUUAUGUCCGAGUGGACUGCCCAAGGGCGAUGGUAUCAACUGGAAGGUCAGCACAGUGGACAAUAUAGUAUAG